AAUGCUGAUCACUUUACAAGCGACAGCGUAAACGUUAAGCCGGGCGAUUAUAGUAUGGCUAUAAUCACUGUUAGGGAGGGGUGGGGCCCUAUCAGAGACAACUUCAAAUUGUUUGUUUUCGCCAGGUACGUCUUAUCGAUGAACUCACGAUUGAGGUUGUUUGAUUUCGAAGCGACGCACAAGAAAUUCACGUCGGGAGACAGCAGACUGGCAGGACAUCGACAAGGAUUUGAGAGACUGAGGAGAGUUUGGGAAUGGCUUAUUUUGGAUGGAGCGGGAAGGGUCAAGGCUAGCUAUACCUCCGUAAAGAACUUUUAAAUCAAAUUCCCCAUAGAAAGAUCUUGUUGCCCCAAAUGUGACCACCGUAGAACACUGUAUGGCGAACAUAGUUAUCUCGCGUAUGGGACCUGUUACUUUCUUUUCAAUAGAUCAUGAAGGACAUAAUGAUGGAGUAGCAACUGCGAUUUUUUUUUUGUGGAGUAGCUGGCCAAGUCAAAAAUCAAUCGGUAAUAAUUCGCAUGCUAGCUCCCAUGACUGUGGUUUUGUGUCGUCUUUUUUGGGGUUUGCCUAAUGCGUGGUUUCAGUCGAUUUAGGCAUAUAGAGUGACACGAGUCUUCAAAUACUAUCAUGUGAACUAAAACUGAGUCAAGAGCCAGUAUUUGAGUCGAAUAUAUGACGAUGUCUUAUAUCGCAAACCAUGCAAUGCCAUUUGAACACACUGACAUCUUAGAGCUUGCCUGUUGAGACAUUUAUGGCAGUUUUCAGUUUCUAAGUGUAGCGUACGCAGGUGUUGAAGCCUACACGUUCGCUUGAUGCACUUUUGUCUACGUUCCACCUCUGCUUCAAGAGAAUAGUUAUGUGUUUUGAGCCCACAGAACUUGCACACAUAUCUCAUCUAACCUUUACUCUCUCCUCCUACAAUCCCCAGACAUAUUCAAGCUUCCAUCCUCGAUAUGUGCCAGCCCGCCCCACUCUUUCCCCACCUCAACAGGUAGUAUGCAGUUUGACCCCAGCAACCAUCCUUGCCUUGCCUCUGGUUCCAAUGAUGAACUGAUCACUCUGCAUCUCGAAAUCCGCCUUCUCCAAAUUCUUAAACUCAAAAUCGAAAGCGAGCACGAUCUGAGCAAUGACGAGGUACAUUUCCGCCCAGGCGAGACUAAAUUAUGCAUU